AUGCAAGGAAGUGAAGCUCGAUACGACGUGGACGGUGAUGCAGUGAUGCAUAACGUCCCGCAACCAGUGUUCGAGUUCGUCCAAGCUCCCAAGUUGACCGACUGGAGCCAGGUGGCUGUUAGUGGUGAGCGACUGGAGGUUGCACUUCGUCCGGUGAAGACUUGUGUUGACCCGGAGCUGCUUGAAGUACUUUGUCUCUAUGAACUCCGUAAGGCCGUCGAUGAUGUAACCAACACGGAAUUGGUUGCUCUGAUUGACGCAAAGCUUGGGUCCGUGAAAAACGCCCAGUAUUAUCGGGACUUCGCAACGCUCAUCAAGGAGAACGGACUUAGCAAGAUCCUUGGAGUGGUACGAAUGUCGAGAAGCUAA